AAAUUACAGUAUCUGCCACUGCAGGAGGAAAAACGAAAGGAAACCCCAUCUCGGAAUCCUCUACGAUGGCCGCCGCCGCCGCGAGGUCGCUGCUCCGCUCGUCCGCCUCUCUCCUCCGCGCGGCGCCGGCGAGGUCCGCGUCCGCGUCCUCCUCCGCCGCGCGCCCGUCUCUCCGUCGCGCGCUGGCCGCGCCCCCUCGCAUCCUCAGGUCGCCUGUUGAGCUGAGUGUAUGCGUGGAGUCCCUGCUGCCUCUGCACAGCGCCACCGCCGCCGCGCGGAUGACGUCCAUGCUCGCCGUUCCCGGGCAAGGCCUCGGGUGGCUCACGGAAGGACAAGAUGAAACUAGAUGAAUACCAACUGGGAAAGCUGAAACUGAUGGAUUAUGCUGAAUUACUAUUCUUGGACAACAGCUGAUACUGAUGGAGUAUGACGGCAGCCUGCUUCUGGAACCAGGAGAUUAGUAGUCCGUCAAGUUCAUUUGUGAGCCUGCAGAAUUAGUUAGAAAAGGAAGCACUCUUUUCUUUUUAUUUAUGUGAACUAUGAAGAUGGCUUAAUAAACUACUUUGGAUAUUGCUCAGAACCCUUUCUCCCUCUUCAUUGACCAGAUCCUUUUGUAAUGGAAACCAUUGGAGGACCAAUGUAUGCGUUGCUAGCUACUGUAAAAUGUUGCAGAAUUUUUUUUUCUUUUGAUCAAGUGAUUUAAAAAUGCUUUCAUGGUGCAA